AUGGCGCCACUCCAACCUACCGUGGAUCCAGGUCGAGGCAGACACGCGGUUGUGGUUGAGUGUCGCGGUCGGAACGAUCGAGUGUACGCUAUGAAGCUCUUCAAAGAGGACAGUCGUGACAGGAUAACCCGCGAGAUUCGCAUCCUGCGAUUUUUGGGUUUCGGUCCAAACAUAAUACGGAUUGUGGAUAUUGUGCAGGGAGAAGAGGGAGCCGACGUUGGUAUAGUCCUCGAGUAUGUCGAGAACAUAGACUAUCGGACCCUUUACCCUCGUUUCACCGACUCAGACAUUCGCUACUACACAAGAGAGAUUCUAAAAGCAUUGGAUUUUGCACAUACCCUAGGUGUAAUGCAUCGCGAUAUAAGACCCCAAAACGUGGUCAUCGACCAUGCCAACAAAAAGCUACGACUUAUAGGCUGGGGCUCAGCCGAAUUCUGCAGCCCAGGGACCGAGCAUGACUGCUGCGUAGGCCUCAACAAGCCACCCGAAAUUCUUUUGGGCUAUGAGCAAUACGGCCGCGGUGUCGACAUUUGGUGUCUGGGCAACAUGCUAGCUUCGAUGAUUUUCAGGAAAGAUCCCUUCUUCCACGGCAGCAGCCUCCUUGAUCAAUUAGUGAACAUCGCCAAGGUUCUUGGAACAGAGAAACUCUAUUCUUUGGCUGAAGAUCUUGGCAUUGAGAUGGAACCGCGAGAGCUGGAAGCUCUAGGUCAUCGGGAAGAGACGCCUUGGGGGACCUUUGUGGAUAGUGCCAACGACCAUUUGGCAACAGAGGAAGGCAUAGAUCUUGUCGACCGUCUACUUCGUUAUGACCCAAUUGUGAGGAGAAGCGAAUUACUUGUUUUACCUGGCUAUGCUGACUUGGAGGAUUAG